CUCACGCCGAAGGCAAACAUCGUGAGCAAACCGGCAAACCUCGAGAGAAAUUAUUUCAUGCUUCACUUUAGUUGGUUACUGUUAUUUAUUUAAAAUACUUUAAUUAUGAAUGCCUCAGAGAGGAAUGUAGUGUAAAAAUAUCGGAUUUCAUUAAAUUGACUACCGAUCCGAGGCAUAGGCCAAAAAUGAGGGCAAUAAGCUUAAUUAUUGCACUAACAGCGGUUAGCUGUUACGCGGCAACUCCACAGCCACAACUACGAUUUGCUUGGAAAGAAGUUGACUUCGUAUGGGAUUCUCCAGAACAACGUGCGACUGCUGUAAAGGAUGAACUGUUCGUUCCAGCAAACAAUCUCCCUCUGGGCUUAGCGAGAUGGAAGAACAAAGUAUUCGUCACCGUACCCAGAUGGAAGAAUGGAGUUGCUUCAUCAUUAAACUACGUCGACAUCGAUGGGCCACAAGACCAACCGUUAAAACCAUACCCAUCAUUGAAUGACAAUCUGGUUGCUGAUUCCGCAAAAGAAAUCCCAUCAAACAGCUCUAUUGUAUCCGUUUUUAGAGUAUUUGUUGAUCCUUGUGAUAGAUUGUGGGUCAUGGACACAGGAUUGGCUGAUAUUUUAGGAUCUGCCAACCAAGUUGCCGGACCGUCUUUGGCAAUAUUCGAUUUAAACACAGACCAGUUGGUCCACCGUUACUACUUUAAACUAUCUGAUAUGAAAGAGGAUUCGUUCUUUGCGAAUGUGGUAGUAGAUGUAGAUAAAGACACAUGUGACAAUGCAUUCGCCUACGUGCCCGAUUUAGGAGCAUACGGAGUCGUCGUGUACAGCCUUAAACAAGACGACUCCUGGCGUGUAAGCCACCAUUACUUCCACUUCGAACCACUUGCUGGUACUUACAAAGUGGGUGGCAUCGAGUUCCACUGGACAGAUGGCGUGUUCGCCUUAGCUCUGUCCGAGCCACAAGAAAACGGAUUCCGCACAAUGUUCUUCCACGCAUUCUCCAGUACCAAAGAAUUCUGUGUGUCCACCGAACUUCUUAGAAAUUACACACACAUUGACAAAAACGAGGCGUUCAACGAUUUCAAGCUCUUGGGUGAUCGAGGUGCAAGAACCCAGUCGUCGGCCAGUUUCUAUGAUACUAAUACCAAAGUUCUGUUCUACACACAGAUAAACCGAGAUGGCAUCGGUUGUUGGAACUCAAAUAAACCUUACACCCCAGAGAACAAUCCACUACUCUUCAGUGACCCUACUCUUUUCGAGUUUCUGAAUGAUUUGAAGGUGGACGACGAAGGAACUUUAUGGCUGCUAAGUGACAAGCUUCCUCGCUUCCUAUACAAAUCUCUGGACCCUAACGAGAUCAAUUACAGGAUAUUCAGUAUCAAAGCAACUGACGCCAUCGCUGGAAGUGUUUGUGAAUAAAAGGAUCUAUUAGCACUUUACGUACAAAUAAGUUAAUUUCUGUUAUAAUAAACUGUUGUGAUGAGUGAAACUUAACAGGAAUAGACCAAUUGGGGUGUGAAGUGAUAAAAUUAUAAGCGUCGUCAUUAAACUGUACUAUUGGACUAUUUCUGUAUUUAUUAUCAUUUAGAGUUCCUGCAGACAUACAAUUAAGUAAGUUGGCAGACCAUCGAACAACUACAUUGCCUAAGUAUUUUUAUAAUUUGUAUACUAAUACAACAACUUUUUACAACUUUGUUGUCCCUUAUUGGAGUUUACUCCUUAAGAUUCGAUUUUUGGACAGUGUGAAAAAAUAUGGACAGUGAAAUUCGAUGAACGAAUGACAGCGUUACGUUUUUUGUGCGCUACCUGUUCUGCGCACCUUUCACUUUUCAGGCGUCAAUAUUGAGACGUACCUACAUAGUGUAUGCUGCGGGGCAACAUAAACCUAUUUAGGUAGUCGAUCUGAAAGAGUAAACUCCAUUCGUGCGUCGGAGCUUUUUUUAUUUUUUGGAAGAUUUAUUUAGAGAUGUGCGGACUAGCAUAUAUCUUUAUACCUAUUAGUAUACCUAAGGUCUUUAACCGCCUACCAUUAAUCUAUUAUCUUAAUUCGGCCAACCUACAACUUUAUGUCUGUAGGAGAUGUUACUCGCACUUAAAUGUCUUGUGUUGUGAUCAAAGAUUUAAAAUAAGUUAAAUGUUCCGGCGACCUUCUUCGCAAAUUAUGUGAAUAAGUGUUGCCUUAUAAACGGGUUUACUACAAUUCUUCUGGACUGGAUUGUUUGGGAUUAUAAAACAAAUCUAAUCUUAUAUUUUAUACUGUUUAUUCAAUUCAUCUUCAACCUCACUUUUAAAUUGCAGCUAAGCAUUAAAAUCCUCCAAGCAUUAAACUCAAUGAAAUGAAUGAAUGUGCAAUGAAUUGAUUGCUGUACUACUAACAGAUUUUAUUUUUAUUUUUGUUCAUUUGUUAUUUUUUAUUGUUAAAAGGUUUUAAAACUUCUAAGUUCAUUCAAAUAAUAGUGGUUGAUAUUGUUUAUCACAAAAAAAAAUGUAUUUCUAUGAUGUAGUAUACUUUAGUAUCUAUUUUUAGUUUUUUAACGGCAGUGUUAGAAUCCCCCGUCCACACACAAUCAUCAAUCAGUAAAGUAAGGGUAAGGUUGCCCGAAGACGUAGGUAAUAAUGUCUACUGUUGUAAAUUGUCGGGAUUAGAUUUACAUUAUUGCAUGUGUGUGGCUAGCCUAAAACUAUACUCAGAGGCACAAUUAUCCGCCCACAUUAAUAUGACGCGAGUAUGAGUAUAUAUUAGUUGUCAGUCAAAAAAGGCACAGUCAUGACAAAAUUUAGUCGACUUUGUCAUGACAAAAUUAACGACAAAGUCGACAAGUUUUCCUAAGACGCGUAUACCUAGAUAUACUAUUAAUAUAUUAAUUAUACGUUUAUAUUCUAUGUUGUGUUACCAUUAAAAGCAGUAAGAAUCACAAUAGUUGUUUGUGUACAAAUAAAUGUAACGUAGUUAAAUUACAAAAUAGGUGUUUAUGGUAGUUUUAACCUUAAAUUCAGACCCCGUGACAUUUAUUUAAUUGUAUUGUAAUAGUUUAAAAAUUUAAAUAAAGAUAAUUAAAACAUUAA